AUGCUUGAUCCCGACGAUCUGGGAGUGUGGGUGUGGAGAACGUGCUCGGUCGGCCACCUGCGGUGGACCGGCACGGUGGUUACGUGCCCGACAGAGCUGAUGGAGCAGAUGAGCACAUGGAACAACCUGCAGGCGGACGCAGUGCAGGCCAUCUGCGGAGAGCUCGAGAGCUCGAUCCGCCACCAGGAGUACGCGUAUGCCCACCGCGCAGACCUGCCGAAGCUGGACAUUGCAAAGUCGCGACCGAUCGACUGGGAGCAGAGCAUCGUCGAGGGCCAUGCCACGCACCCAAUGCAUCGGGCGCGCCAUGCGAUGCCGCCGCUGGCGCGCAUCACGCCCAGCACCGAGUUCAAGCACGUGCGGCUGGGGUUCGUCGCAGUGCCGCGCGCAGUAAUGGCGAUCCAGGGAGACUAUGACAGUCUGCUGAUGCCAGUUGUUCCGCAGCGCCGAGCCCAAUCCCGAGGCCGACGCCCAACAGUGGAUGGCGAGCGCGAGGUUAUCGUGCCGGUCCACCCCCUGCACAUGCCGGCCAUCCGGGCCAAAUUCAAGUUUGCGCGGCCGCUGCCGUUCUCGGCGGCCGCCGAAGCCCAGGCGUCGCUGCGCACGGUCUCGCCGAUGGCGCUGGAGGCGUCUGGCUACGACAUCAAGCUGCCACUGGGCGCUAAGACGUCGUCGGCGCUGCGCACGGUCAGCACGUGGUCCGCGUUCCUGGGCCCGCAGCUGACAAAUCUCGUGCCGCAGAUGCUGCAGGCGAACCCAAAUGCCCCACUGGUGGCCGGCGAGCCUGCCAGCAUUAUCCUGAGGGAUGCCGACAAUGACGUGGCAAAGUACCUGGCCUGCAUUGUGCGGGUGAGCGCCCAGAAGCUGUGCCAGGGCAAUCGCGACGCACGUGCGAUUGUCGCAGCAUCGCUGACUGAGCGCAAUGCUGCGGGCAGAAGCAACGUUGUGGAGCUGCUGAAUCUGCACUCGGUCGAGCAGCGCUUGGCGUUCCUGCGCGCAUAUGUGUCCAAGCUGUUCAGCGCAUUCCUGCCGUCGAUUCUGACCCACGGGUUUACGUUCGAGGCACACCAGCAGAACACACUGGUGGUGCUCAGCGCAGCUACGGGGUUGCCGAUACAAUUCAUGAUCCGCGACUUUGGCGGCAUCAUGGUUCACAUGGAGACAUUCAAGGAGGCGGCUGGGUUCGAGAUUCCGAUGCUGCUGGACAACAGCACCACGGCGGCGGACCUGGACGAAGUGUAUGGGGUGGCGUACCAUACGAUAGUGCAGUGCCAGAUCCACCGGCUGGUGCGGGCCCUCGGGCUGCAUUACGAGGGCGACGGGUGGCAGGUUGUGCGGGAGGAGUUUGAAAAGUGCGUGCCGCACGAGUCGCCGCUGUAUGUGGCGUGGACACGCAGGGAAGUCAGACUGAAGAGCUUCAUCACGAUGAAGCUCGGCGGGCUCUACCGCGACUAUGUGUAUGGCAGCGUUCCAAACAUAUUGUUCUACCGCAACGAGCAGCAGGGGGUAGUUUUCUGA